AUGUCUGUUGGUCUAGGUCUAGCACUGAAUGGUCUCUCUCUAUUCUGUCCAACAGCGAUGAAGGCAGCUGUGCUGAUCCAGCGCUGGUACCGUCAGUAUGUGGCUCGUAUGGAGAUGAGACGGCGAUACACCUGGAACAUCUUCCAGUCUAUAGAAUACUCUGGGGAGCAGGCCCAGAUCAAAGUGAGACACGGUAGUCUCCCUGUAUAUUAGUGUACAACUGCCAGAUAAUUAAUAGCACAGUUGGUAGUGCACUUGCCCUGCAACUACAGGGAAGCUGGUUCAUGCCCCUCCCCCCAGCUGUUCCCUAUGAAUUGGUACACUACCUUCGAACCAGUGGAGGCUGCUGAGGGGAGGACGGCUCAUUAUAAUGGCUGGAACAGAACAAAUGGAAUGGCAUCAAACCAUGUGUUUGAUGUAUUUGACACCGUUCCACUGAUUCCGCUCCAGCCCUUACCACGAGCCCGUCCUCCCCAAUAAGAAGCCACCAACCUCCUGUGAAGGACAAGGCAAAUGAAAGGAGAAGAAAUAAGAAAGUAAAGGAUUGAUUAACAGUAGAUUUUUUUAUGAGAAAAUGCAAUAUUGCAGGCUAAUACAUUUUCAUUUAUGUAGCAAAUAAAUCAUCUAAAAAGCACAAUAUAUAGAUAUGUUUUUUAAAAGUUUUUUUUUAGGGGGUAGAUCAGCUUUAAUAUUGCAGAUUGUAACUUCCAUCAAUGUAAUUGUCUGCAUCACUUCCAAUCCCCCAUAUGGUUUUUUUCUCGCAAAUAUAUAUAUAUGUAUAUAUACAGUGGGGAGAACAAGUAUUUGAUACACUGCCGAUUUUGCAGGUUUUCCUACUUACAAAGCAUGUAGAGGUUUGUAACAAAAAUCCAGAAAAUCACAUUGUAUGAUUUUUAAGUAAUUAAUUUGCAUUUUAUUGCAUGGCAUAAGUAUUUGAUACAUCAGAAAAGCAGAACUUAAUAUUUGGUACAGAAACCUUUGUUUGCAAUUACAGAGAUCAUACAUUUCCUGUAGGUCUUGACCAGGUUUGCACACACUGCAGCAGGGAUUUUGGCCCACUCCUCCAUACAGACCUUCUCCAGAUCCUUCAGGUUUCGGGGCUGUCGCUGGGCAAUACGGACUUUCAGCUCCCUCCAAAGAUUUUCUAUUGGGUUCAGGUCUGGAGACUGGCUAGGCCACUCCAGGACCUUGAGAUGCUUCUUACGGAGCCACUCCUUAGUUGCCCUGGCUCUGUGUUUCGGGUCGUUGUCAUGCUGGAAGACCCAGCCACGACCCAUCUUCAAUGCUCUUACUGAGGGAAGGAGGUUGUUGGCCAAGAUCUCGCGAUACAUGGCCCCACCCAUCCUCCCCUCAAUACGGUGCAGUCAUCCUGUCCCCUUUGCAGAAAAGCAUCCCCAAAGAAUGAUGUUUCCACCUCCAUGCUUCACGGUUGGGAUGGUGUUCUUGGGGUUGUACUCAUCCUUCUUCUUCACACGGCGAGUGGAGUUUAGACCAAAAAGCUCUAUUUUUGUCUCAUCAGACCACAUGACCUUCUCCCAUUCCUCCUCUGGAUCAUCCAGAUGGUCAUUGGCAAACUUCAGACGGGCCUGGACAUGCGCUGGCUUGAGCAGGGGGACCUUGCGUGCGCUGCAGGAUUUUAAUCCAUGACGGCGUAGUGUGUUACUAAUGGUUUUCUUUGAGACUGUGGUCCCAGCUCUCUUCAGGUCAUUGACCAGGUCCUGCCGUGUAGUUCUGGGCUGAUCCCUCACCUUCCUCAUGAUCAUUGAUGCCCCACGAGGUGAGAUCUUGCAUGGAGCCCCAGACCGAGGGUGAAUGACCGUCAUCUUGAACUUCUUCCAUUUUCUAAUAAUUGCGCCAACCGUUGUUGCCUUCUCACCAAGCUGCUUGCCUAUUGUCCUGUAGCCCAUCCCACCCUUGUGCAGGUCUACAAUUUUAUCCCUGAUGUCCUUACACAGCUCUCUGGUCUUGGCCAUUCUGGAGAGGUUGGAGUCUGUUUGAUUGAGUGUGUGGACAGGUGUCUUUUAUACAGGUAACGAGUUCAAACAGGUGCAGUUAAUACAGGUAAUGAGUGGAGAACAGGAGGGCUUCUUAAGGAAAAACUGUGAGAGGUCUGUGAGAGCCGGAAUUCUUACUGGUUGGUAGGUGAUCAAACACUUAUGUCAUGCAAUAAAAUGCAAAUUAAUUACUUAAAAAUCAUACAAUGUGAUUGUCUGGAGUUUUGUUUUAGAUUCCGUCUCUCACAGUUGAAGUGUAUCUAUGAUAAAAAUUACAGACCUCUACAUGCUUUGUAAGUAGGAAAACCUGCAAAUCGGCAGUGUAUCAAAUACUUGUUCUCCCCACUAUAUAUAUAUAUAUAUAUAUAUAUAUAUAUAUACACACAUACACAUACAUAUACACAUACAUACAUAUAAAUACAUAUACAUACAUAUACAGUGGCUUGCAAAAGUAUUCACCCCCCUUCGCAUUUUUCCUAUUUUGUUGUCUUACAACCUGGAAUUAAAAUGUAUUUUUUGGGGGUUUGUAUCAUUUGAUUUACACAACAUGCCUACCACUCUGAAGAUGCAAAAUAUUUUUUCUUGUGAAACAAACAAGAAAUAAGACAAAAAAAAUGAAAACUUGAGCGUGCAUAACUAUUCAUUUACGAAGAUUAUACCUUUUAUUUAAAGAAAUUCAAAAAAUAAUGUAUAUUUGAGUUUAACCACAAUAUUUGUUGCAUUAUUUGUUCUGUCGUUUCUGGAGGAUUAAAUUGAAAUUGCAACCAACUUUCUAUGGCUUGUUUUAGAAAUAGUAAUAUUUGGGGGAUGAUUUCCUUUUCAAAAAAUUGAAAGUGAGAGGUUGUAAUCUGAAUAAAGGGAAAUAGGCCAUUCUUGAACAUGGGGUGAGACAAUCUUACUAGUUUGCAAGAGAACCAGUUCGGAUUUAAAUAUAACUUUUGUAUGACUGAAGCUUUUAGUGAUAGGUCUAAUGCUUUAAUAUUUAAUAAUUUAUGUCCUCCGAAUUCAUAUUCAUUAUAUAAAUAGGCCCAUUUAAUGUUGUCUGGCUUACCGUUCCAAAUAAAAUUGAAUAUUUUUUUCUCAUAUCAUUUAAUAAACUGUUCGCUAGGCGUAGGCAAGACCAUAAGCAAAUAGGUAAACUGGGAUAAUACUAAAGAGUUAAUCAGGGUGAUUUUUCCACAAAUAGACAGGUAUUUCCCUUUCCAUGGUAGCAAGAUCUUAUCUAUUUUUGCUAACUUUCAAUUAAAAUGUAUUGGAGUGAGAUCAUUUAUUUCAUUUGGAAUAUGUAUUCCGAGUAUAUCCACAUCACCAUCAGACCAUGUUAUUGGUAAACUACAUGGUGAUGUACAUUUCUUAUUUCUGAGUGAUCCAAUACGGAAUAUUGUACAUUUAUCAUAAUUUGUUUGUAAUCCAGAGAGGUUAGAAAAUGUAUCUAGAUCCUCUAUGAGGCUGUGGAGGGAUUCAAGUUGUGGAUUUAAAAGAAAACAUUAAUCAUCAGCAUACAAUGACACCUUUGUUUUUAAGCCCUGGAUUUCUAAUCCCUUGAUAUUAUUGUUGGAUCUGAUUUUAUUAGCUAAGAUUUCGAUGGCCAUAAUAAAUAGAUAUGCCGAUAGUGGACAACCUUGUUUUACUCCUCUUGACAGUUUAAAACUUACGGAGAAAUAGCCAUUAUUUACUAUUUUACAACUAGGGUUACUAUAAAUGAUUUUAACCCAUUUUAUAAGAGAUUCUCCAAAAUUAAAAUGCUCCAGAAAUAUAUAUAUAAACUCCAGUCGUACUUUAUCAAAUGCCUUUUCAAAGUUUUCUAUGAAUAGCAGGCCUGGUUUCCCAGAUUUUUCAUAGUGUUCUAUUGUUUCCAGUACUUGCCUUAUAUUAUAGCCAAUGUAUCGUCCAUGUAAAAAACCUGUCUGAUUAGAAUGAAUAAUGUCCGACAAUACCUUUUGAAUUCUAUGCGCUAUACAUUUUGCUAGAAUUUUUGCAUCACAACACUGAAGUGUAAGGGGCCUCCAAGUUUUUAAAUGGACUGGAUCUUUAUAUUUCCCCCUUGUAUACUAUUUCAGUUAUAAUGAAAUCAGACCUUCUUCUUGAGUGUCUGAUAAUCUACCAUUUACUUAGGAGUGGUUAAAACAUGCUAAUAACGGUCCUCUGAGUAUAUCAAAAAAGGUUUGGUAUACCUCGACUGGUAUGCCAUCCAACCCUGGAGUUUCCCCAGACUUAAAGUCUUUAAAUGCAUCCAGAAGUUCCUCCUCUGUAAUUUCACCUUCACAUGAGUCUUUCUGAAUGGCUGUUAAUUUUACAUUAUCAAUAGAAAAAAAAUCCCUACAAUUAGCUUCAGUUAGAGGAGAUGGAGGUGACUGAAACGAAAACAUACACUUAAAGUACUUUGCUUCCUCCUUUAAAAUACUAUUUGGUGAAUCAUGGGUGACUCCAUCAUUUGUAACCAGUUUCAGUCAAUUAUUUUUGGUAGCAUUUCUAUGUUGAAGAUAAAAAAAUAAUUUGGUGCAUUUUUCCCCAUAUUCCAUCCAGUUUGCUUUAUUUUUAUAAAAUAUUACAUUUGAUCUUUCUUGAAAAAAAGUAUUUUUGUUUUUCCUCUAAUUUAUUAUGAGCCUCUAUGUUACAGUUUUAAUUGCUAUCUAUCUGUUCUGUUAACGCAAUAUUAGUAUUUACUUUGUGUGAGGAAAGGUUUUAUACAUAAUCAUUCAACUCAAUCAUACAGUUCCUCUGGUGAAUACCUACUUAUAGAAUACUUUGUGACACUUUGCUAAAGAAAAUGUCUCUCUCUCUCUUCUCUAUGCAGCUUUACAAUUUCCUUGGCUACCUCAUGGACAACUUCCACCCAACUAGCACUGAACGUAAGACUUUCCCUGCCCUUCUGUUUUGGCUUUUGUGUACAAUUGUGACCCUUAUUUCUGGUUUCAUGAAUGUUGUUAUAUUAUACCUGUGGUUUCUCCCCUACAGGCAACUUAAUCUCCCACAUAUUCAGAGAAAAUGAUGUGUGCCGCGAUACAGAGUGGGAGAGGCACUUCUGCUAUAAGAAUAUUGAGGUGCCAGAGAUCUACUCAGGGCCCCAUCUUAUCUUCCCUCUUACUGUGGAACAAGUGGCUGCCAUGGUAGAGGCCUUCAGGAAUAAAAGAGUAGGUGCAUUUAUGUACAGUUAGAAUGAAAUUGAUACUCUUUUCCUAACUACAGUGCUUUAGCUUUAUCACAAAUCCCCUUCACUAUACAACCGUUUUUCCCAGUAGCAGCUCCACUCUCGGUACGUUCUCCAACUUCUCCUGGAAACAUGGAAGUUACUCCGAAAGCUGCCAAACAUCAGUCGAAUCUCCACCUGCCACAGCAAAGAAAUCACCAUUUGUGGUGAGUAAUAAAUCACCACAGUUUUUUGUUGUUGUCCUGAUUCACCUCAUUGAGAAGAGCAACCCUUUUCAAAAAAAUAUGUAUAUUCAGUGGGGAGAACAAGUAUUUGAUACACUGCCGAUUUUGCAGGUGUUCCUACUUACAAAGCAUUUAGAGGUCUGUAAUUUUUAUCAUAGGUACACUUCAACUGUGAGAGACGGAAUCUAAAACAAAAAUCCAGAAAAUCACAUUGUAUGAUUUUUAAGUAAUUAAUUUGCAUUUUAUUGCAUGACAUAAGUAUUUGAUACAUCAGAAAAGCAGAACUUAAUAUUUGGUACAGAAACCUUUGUUUGCAAUUACAGAGAUCAUACGUUUCCUGUAGGUCUUGACCAGGUUUGCAGACACUGCAGCAGGGAUUUUGGCCCACUCCUCCAUACAGACCUUCUCCAGAUCCUUCAGGUUUCGGGGCUGUCGCUGGGCAAUACGGACAUUCAGCUCCCUCCAAAGAUUUUCUAUUGGGUUCAGGUCUGGAGACUGGCUAGGCCAUUCCAGGACCUUGAGAUGCUUCUUACGGAGCCACUCCUUAGUUGACCUGGCUGUGUGUUUCGGGUCAUUGUCAUGCUGGAAGACCCAGCCACGACCCAUCUUCAAUGCUCUUACUGAGGGAAGGAGGUUGUUGGCCAAGAUCUCGCGAUACAUGGCCCCAUCCAUCCUCCCCUCAAUACGGUGAAGUCGUCCUGUCCCCUUUGCAGAAAAGCAUCCCCAAAGGAUGAUGUUUCCACCUCCAUGCUUCACGGUUGGGAUGGUGUUCUUGGGGUUGUAUUCAUCCUUCUUCUUCCUCCAAACACGGCGAGUGGAGUUUAGACCAAAAAGCUAUAUUUUUGUCUCAUCAGACCACAUGACCUUCUCCCAUUCCUCCUCUGGAUCAUCCAGAUGGUCAUUGGCAAACUUCAGACAGGCCUGGACAUGCGCUGGCUUGAGCAGGGGGACCUUGCGUGUGCUGCAGGAUUUUAAUCCAUGACGGCGUAGUGUGUUACUAAUGGUUUUCUUUGAGACUGUGGUCCCAGCUCUCUUCAGGUCAUUGACCAGGUCCUGCCGUGUAGUUCUAGGCUGAUCCCUCACCUUCCUCAUGAUCAUUGAUGCCCCACGAGGUGAGAUCUUGCAUGGAGGCCCAGACCGAGGGUGAAUGACCGUCAUCUUGAACUUCUUCCAUUUUCUAAUAAUUGCGCCAACCGUUGUUGCCUUCUCACCAAGCUGCUUGCCUAUUGUCCUGUAGCCCAUCCCACCCUUGUGCAGGUCUACAAUUUUAUCCCUGAUGUCCUUACACAGCUCUCUGGUCUUGGUCAUUGUGGAGAGGUUGGAGUCUGUUUGAUUGAGUGUGUGGACAGGUGUCUUUUAUACAGGUAACGAGUUCAAACAGGUGCAGUUAAUACAGGUAAUGAGUGGAGAACAGGAGGGCUUCUUAAAGAAAAACUAACAGGUCUGUGAGAGCCGGAAUUCUUACUGGCUGGUAGGUGUUCAAAUACUUAUGUCAUGCAAUAAAAUGCAAAUUAAUUACUUAAAAAUCAUACAAUGUGAUUUUCUGGAUUUUUGUUUUAGAUUCCGUCUCUCACAGUUGAAGUGUACCUAUGAUAAAAAUUACAGACCUCUACAUGCUUUGUAAGUAGGAAAACCUGCAAAAUCGGCAGUGUAUCAAAUACUUGUUCUCCCCACUGUAUACCUUAAAUUAUACAGAUAUUAGUAAAUUAUUAACUGUAAUUCAUUAAUGAUAGUUAUAUCAGUGUAUUGAUACAGCAUUGUUUCAUCCAAGGUGAUUUACAUGGGCAGCUGGAAGACCUGCUGUUGAUAUUUUACAAGGUACUGUCAUCUGCUACAAUACAUUAGCUAAAUACAUAUAAAAUGAAAUCAUUAUUUUUGUUUAAACUUUCCCCAAAAACAGUAAUACAUUUAAGAUAUUCAUAGUCUGUUUUGUUUGUUGUUUUCCCUGUAGAAUGGCAUGCCAUCAUUGGAGCGGCCAUAUGUUUUCAAUGGAGACUUUGUUGAUCGAGGCAAAGAUUCCAUUGAGAUUCUCCUCAUCCUUUUUGCCUUCCUGCUCGUGUAUCCAAACGAUGUUCACCUCAACAGGGGAAACCAUGAAGACCAUAUUGUCAACUUGAGGUAUACAGUCAAAACACUGAUCAUGUACAAAUUCAAUAUAUUUAAUUAUUUAAAAAAUAAUAUACCAUACUUUCGGAAAGUAUUCAGACAACUUGACCUUUUCCACAUUUUGUUACGUUACAGCCUUAUUCUAAAAUGUAUUAAAUUGUUUUUUUCCCCUCAUCAAUCUACACACAAUACCCCAUAAUGACAAAGCAAAAUCAGUUUUUUUAGCAAAUACAUUUUUGAUAUGAGACCC